AUGCAGCUCUCUCUCCCUUUGGUCCUGAUCUCAUGCCACAUCGUCGCCUUCAGCGCGUCGAUGCCACUCCCCCAACAUAAUGCGGCAAAGGAAUCAUGCACCGAAGCAUCCACUCCUCCAUCCCCCAGCCACGCCAGACAUCCGGCUACGAUCAAGGCCGCCCCGACGGGCCUUCAGGUCCGCCUCUCGGCCUCGCCUUUCAACUGUCCCCCCAGACCCGUCCCCGCGCCCCGGCCCAUCUAUCGCCGUCAUGCCAAGUCCAGCGUCGCACAAGCGCACUUCACACUCAAGCGUGUCCGCAAAGUCAGCGGCCGUAAACAAUCAAAUGCUACGGCGAGCAACAGAGCAGUCUCCCAGUCCAAGACCAAGCUCAUGACUCGAUUCAACUUCGCCCACAUUCGACGCAUGAGCAAACGAAGCCCAGAUUCUCCGCUUGCUGGUCUCCUCGGCUCGCUCUCUUCAUCUCUGGGCUCACUUCCCGUAGUCGGAGUCCCACUGGGCGGUCUAUUAUCGACGCUGCCGACGAACGCGCUCGCUGCACCAGGCGCCGUUUCGGGCCUCCUGGGCACCGUAACGGGCGCGGCCCAGAACGCUCCCGUCCUGGGCGAUCUGCUCAAGCUCUUGCCCCUCAGCGCCCUCCUCAAGGGCAAUCCGAUCGACAGCCUCAAGGGCGCCCUCUCCGGUGUCCUUAUCGCAAUUCCCGUCCUGGGUGGCCCUCUUGGUGGCCUCGCUAACGUGGCGACUGGCGCCGCGAGCGCCUUACCUAUCUCGCUGCUAGACAUGCGCACUGUUUCCCCCAUCAAUGCACAGCGAACCGUGACUGAAUCUACUGAGCCGGAGCCUGAAGACGAAAGGGAACCAUCUCAAUCAACCACUCCAGUGUUCUUGGACCGUACAACCAAGCUGUCACAACAUGACAUGAAUGAAUCGUCCGAAUAA